AUGGCUCUUCCUCAGCUCUCGGUCAUCGUAGCUCACACGUGCAAGUGGGGAAUAGGGAAGGAUGGUCAACUGCCUUGGAAGUCUCUACCAGAAGAUAUGAAGCGUUUCAAGAAAAUCACGACGGGCGGGCACUGUAACGAUAAUGUGAAGAAUGUGUGCAUUAUGGGAAGAAAAACGUGGGAGUCUAUUCCAGAGAGGUUCAGGCCCCUUAGGGACCGUAUUAACGUUGUGAUCUCCUCAACUACGUCACCAACUGACUACCCCCCAGGCGUUAGAAUAUGUCCAUCAUUGCUAGACUCCUUAGCAUCGUUGCAACAAGGCGAAGUAGAAAUUGGCGAAAUAUUUGUGAUUGGUGGAGCCUCCUUGAUAACAGAGGCGAUGCAACUACCACAGUGCCGUACGCUGUACACGACUAGAGUGGGGACCGACCCGUGGGAGUGUGAUGUCUUUAUGGAGAAAAUCGAUGAGAAAAUCUGGGAGCCUAUUGCCGUGUCGAGGACUUUCCGUCACAGCGAUAUUCCCUACGACUUUGUUGAUUACAAGAGGCGUGAAGGCUCUGACAAAACUGAGUUGUCUCUAGCGGAGCGCUGCCCUAGAGGGAAAUUCCAGCACGGGGAGUAUGAGUACUUGAGGCUUAUCGAGGAAAUCAUUGAGAAUGGGGAGGAUGCUGAUGAUAGGACUGGCGUUGGUACAAAGACAAUAUUUUCAUGCCAUAUGCGGUUUUCCCUAAGAGAUGGAGUUUUCCCGUUGCUCACUACCAAGCGUGUGUUCUGGCGUGGAGUAGUGGAGGAGCUCCUUUGGUUCAUCAGAGGAGAUACUAAUGCGAAACAUCUCAGUGAUCAAGGCGUUAAGAUUUGGGAUCUGAAUGGUACUAGGGAGUUCCUAGACGGCAGAGGCCUUACACACCGAGAGGAGGGUGAUCUUGGACCUGUCUAUGGCUUCCAGUGGAGGCAUUUCGGUGCUGACUACGUUGAUAUGCACGCUGACUACUCUAAGAGUGGCGGUGUGGACCAGCUGGCUGAGGUCAUAAGGCAAUUGAAAGAAAAUCCGAUGGAUAGGAGAAUAAUUAUGACUGCAUGGAAUCCCACUGCUCUACCCCUCAUGGCUCUGCCGCCGUGCCACAUGAUGUGCCAAUUUUAUGUCAACUCCAAGCAAGAGCUCUCAUGUGCUAUGUACCAACGCAGUGCAGAUAUGGGCCUUGGUGUUCCCUUUAACAUUGCCUCCUAUGCACUACUAACUUGCAUGCUAGCUCAGGUGUGUGGUUUGAAGCCUGGGGAGUUCUGUCAUCAUCUUGGAAAUACUCAUGUCUAUAACAAUCAUAUAGAGCCACUACGACAACAGUUGAAGCGAACGCCGAGACCGUUCCCUUUACUGAAGAUCAAUCCUAAUGUGAAGACGAUUGACGAUAUCAAGUCCUCUGACUUCGAGCUCAUAGGGUACAACCCGUGGGGAAAGAUUGCAAUGGAGAUGGCAGUGUAA